UAUGGAUCGAUGGUUAUCUACAUGUCCAAUGGUGAAUCAAAAUCUUAGGCGCUUGUUUUAUAUCUGAAAUGAGAUUUCGUUAGAAUAUUUACUAUACUUAUCUCACAACAGGGUCAGGCUGAAGAGGUGUCCAGAACUCCAAAUAUAUGGAAAGAAGCUCGUAAAUGGUCGGAGAUCAGUAUGGAAGUGAAUUUAAGUCCAUCUCAUACCUGUAAACCGCCUGAACCACCGAUUCGUUCUUCCAGCACAUUGCAUCGACAUUCCACAAAUGUGGCCCCAAAGAAGCCACUCCCAGAUCUACCGAAGAAAGCUGGAAGAAAUAGAAUCAGGUUGUUCAGGUUACCUAAACUGUCGAGUGAUCCGAAAAUUUCAUCUCCAUUGUGCGUUAGUCAUGAGUUACAUGUGGUCUUUGAUGAAAAUACGGGGGAAUUUCGUGGAAUGCCUGAAGAGUGGUUGGAAUGGCUACAUGCAGCCAAUAUAUCAUUUCAAGAACGUGAACAAAAUCCAGAGCUGGUGAUUGAAGUUUUACAAUGCUAUGAUACAGCUAAACAUCGUGCAAGGCGACAGAAAUUUAUUAUGACAGAAGAUUCCAGUUGGGAAAACUUCAGUAACAUAGCUUCAUGCGUGUGUCAUGAGUUUAUGGAUCAUGAAGUAUCAGCUGCUAACAAUACAUGCAGGAAAUUUCAACACGAUUCAGUUGGUUCACAGUCUUCAGCAGCUUCACACUCUGUUUCUGGUGGUUCUCCAUGUUCAAAUAUUCCUAGGUUUUCUCAUUCUUGCCGAUUUUCUUAUAAUUCACCAACAAACGUACCACCACCUGUUCCACCUCACUAUACAGUUAGUCGCGAUGUGAACUCAAAAAAUGCUAAUGAUGAUGACGAAAUACUGUCAAAUGAAAGAAUCAAGUCGGACUCACAGUUAGAACAGAAAUUUUUGUCUGGAAACGAUAUUUGUUUUGUAGACGCUAAUGUAGAUUCUGAGCAUGAAUCAAACCAAUUUCACAUUUCAAACGUUCAUCAUCAUUUUAAGGCAUCUAAUGAAUACGCUGACUGUGAAUCAAUUCGUAGUUAUUCUAAUAUAUUUUACAGUUCACUGCCUAUAGAUGAAAUGGAUAUUUCUCAAGAAUUAAAUAUAAAGGAUCUACCCUUUCUAAAUGUUAACCUUGCUGACGAAGAAGCUGAAGGACAAGAUACACGUCGAAGUGAACUGCCUAAAGAUGAAACAGAGUGUGAUAUACAUCAGUGCAAUCUUGAUGAAGAAAACAAUUUCAUUAUUGAAGCAGAACCUUAUGGAGUUGAAGAAAUAGAAGUAUAUGAAUCAGAAAAGUUAUCUGAUAUUAUUGCUAAGGACAAAUGUAAUCACCCUGCUGUAGAAAGUGACGUCAGUUAUCAAGAUCGUCUGUCGCUGAUAAGUUCUACUAAUUGGCAAAUAUUUUCUUGUAUCAGUGAAGCAGCCUUUACAUCAAAUACAGCAGAAUCUUCAACGCCUGAUUUACAGAUAUGCUUAGCCCAACCAGAAGUGGACGAAGACGUUUGUUUAACUGCAUCUGUGAAAGCCCACCCAAACAACUCAAGUGUAUUGGAACCAACAGAAACAUCUUUAAUUAUUCAAGCCUGUGCAAAUACUGCAGAAUCUACUUCUUCAGCUGAAUUGAAAAGCGUAUCUGCCAACUUGAUUAAAGAUGAAGAAGGAUUCACAUCUGCAUUGAUCAAAUCUGAUUUGACCAGUCAACAAAGAGGUCGUACUGCAACUAGAUGCAAUAGUACACAAAACAGGAUAAAAAGAUCUGCAGCUCAUUCUGGUAGGCAAUCAGUAGAGAGUAUAAAAAAUUCUUCCAAACUUUUGGCCAUCAGUGAAAAUCCUAAUACUUCAAAAAGCCCUUUCGCGGAAUGCUUUACAGAUAGUGGAAACGGCUCACAAAGUCAUAACGCUCAGGUGUGUUUGGUUUCUCGACAUUCUCCACGUUGUCGUAACAAAAUGCGUAUGCGCGACGAACAAAUUAUUGCCCGGUUAAGAACGAUUGUUAGUCAAGGAAAACCAUCAGAAAAGUACGAAACUCUUGGGCGUAUCGGUCAUGGAGCAUCUGGUGUUGUUUAUAUUGGUCGUGAACUUGAAUCAGGUUGUCGUGUAGCCAUUAAACAAAUGAGUUUGCGACAACAACCAAAAAAAGAAUUAAUUCUCAAUGAAAUUUUAGUUAUGCGAACUUAUCGAAAUCCGAAUGUUGUAAAUUAUUUGGAUAGUUACUUGUUAGGAGAUGAGCUGUGGGUUGUAAUGGAAUAUUUAGAUGGUGGUUCACUGACAGACGUCAUUACAGAAACGUGUAUGAAUGAAUCACAAAUUGCUACAGUUUGUCGUGAGACCUUACAAGCAUUAGAAUUUCUACACAGCAAGCAUGUUAUACAUCGUGAUAUAAAGUCAGAUAAUAUCCUUCUUGGUUUAGAUGGUUCAGUAAAACUAACAGAUUUUGGCUUUUGUGCACAAUUAUCCGCUAAAAAUAAUGAUUUUAAAAGAACUACAAUGGUUGGUACACCUUACUGGAUGGCUCCUGAAGUUGUCAGUAGAAAACAGUAUGGUCAGAAGAUUGAUAUCUGGUCAUUAGGUAUAAUGACUUUGGAAAUGUUAGAAGGUGAACCUCCAUACUUAAGUGAAAAUCCUUUAAAAGCAUUAUAUUUAAUAGCAACAAAUGAUGCUUGGAAGUGGAUGCUCAACUACGUGCUAGUGCCUCUGAACUAAUUGAAUGUGGCGCCCAACAAACCAAAAUAGUAUUUUAACAAAUAUAUAUAGCCAGCAUAAUAUGAUCAACGCAACUACAAUCAAUACUAACAAUAGUAAAUAUAUGAGAAAUUUAACCAUUGUCAGGUUAUACUACUUAUUACAAAAUGAUAACAUUAUACUCCUCAUUCCAGUCAGAAAGAUUGAUUAUUCCCAAUGAAAAGAGAUUCAAUUAUCUAUGGAGCUGUGUAGAUUUACUUUCCUUUGUUUCUUUUCUAGAAAGUAAUGUUAUGAUGAUUAUUAUUGCAAUUAUUUGACAGUACACUAAUUAUAUUAUCAUGUUUACUGCCUAGUAUAACAAUUAUUUUUUGCUGUCUACCAAAUUACUCAUUAUCAGUGAUCAUGAUGAUGGUGUGAUAAUUUUGUCCUUCCUUCUUAUAAAAAACUGCGUCAGUGGCUGUAAUAAUUCGCUUGCAUAAAUGAUACAAUUUCACUCAGAAAUAACAGGAAAAAACAACAAAAAUUUGGUAAUUAAGUUAUCCAGCCAACUUACAUGUGAAGAUGGCAAGAUUGAUUUGUAUGGUUUGGAAUGGAAGGUAUUUCCAUGAUCUAAACAACAAAGUAACAAAGCUGUUCACCACCAGGUAACAAAUUCAUUGUAUGACUCACAGAUUAGUGACAGAUAUUUUUCUCAAAUCUGACAGGUGUGACGACGACCUGUCAUUAUCAUUUUGAUUCAUUUUUUGGAUUCAGUAUAAAACAUAAGACUUCAGUAGCAGACGUAAACUGUAUGGUGUCCUCAGUCGUCAUUUUCAUUUAGCUCCACGACUGACUGUUAGCUUUCAUUUCUUGUCCAAUUGAUUUUCUUCUGCCAACAUGCAACCCACCCGGGUCCACUCAAGGACCUGGUGUGUGAUGUCACUCGACUACCUCCUCAGCUUAUGCCUAUCUAUCUGAAGUUCAUACUGCAUUUUUCUUAGGGAAGUAGGCUGUUGACUAUUUCGCUGCCUGAAACAGUUGCUUUUUGUUUAUCCUUUAUAAACGGCCAUCUGAAAUUCAGUAUCCAGCGUGAGAAGGAAACACAUGUAGAAGGCUACUGGAAAUGCUUUUUGUGACACUUGCAACAAAAACCACUGAUUAGCUUGAAAUUAGUGUUGAAUAUUCAGAUAUUGUUCUUCAGCCAUGCAUAUGGUUCGGGGUUCGAUCCCCGGCCGACGUACACCUGAUAUCAAUAGUUGGCCUGUUAAAUUUGGGCUACCGAUAUCACAUGCUGAAAAUUCCAUACUUGUACCAAAUUACUGUGUGGAAUCAAGCUAAAAUUUAAAAAAGAUAAAUAAAAUGCUGCAGAUCUCCACAGCGAAUCCAAAAUAAUAAGAACCUGUCUUGCUCUCUUGAUUUGCUCCUGGCUGGUCUUAAAAUCCUCAUAUUUGCUACCCACCUGUAGAUGAAACGAUGGUGUUUAUGUAAAUGCUAGAGAUAACUUCUUUUAGAUUUCUCCUAUUGAUUCCAUAUCUUUAUAACUUUUGUUAUCAGCAACAUAAUUAUGAUUUCAUGCAUUUAUUUCCCUUCAUGAAUUUGAAUAAAGCAAAAACAACAGUGGUUUGUGCAGUCAGGGUUUGAAAUGAAGAUAUCUGCUAAAACAGGGCUAAGUGGACUGCCCAUGGCUACACCAUCUAUUUGUCGGUAAAGAGUGUUAUCAAACUGGAAUUGUACAUCCAUGGUACACAUUAGCAGUAGGCGUUUGAAUUCUGACUCUGGUAGUGGAAGCAGAUCAGACUGUUGACAAAUGAUUUCAAUGGUUUCAUUGAUUGGGAUCAUUGUGAACAAGGAGGUUGGUUCUGCACAAACCACUGUUG